ACUUAUUUCCAUUGUUCUUUGGUUUCGUCUGCUAAAUAGUUCUUGUGCAUAUGCCAAGUGCAUAUGCCAUAUGCACACAGAUAUAAGCAUAGGCAUUUGUCCGUCGUGCGUUUGUCUAUUUUUGCCAAGUGUUUACAACAUUCAUCAUUGUGAAUGUUGUUAUACGUUGUGUAAUGCUUUGAGCAUGCUUCUUGGGUUUGAGAGUUGUCGGCACCUGGCUGCUUGGCACUUUGAAGAUUGAAGAUAUUCAAUAAGAAGUCGAAGUUUAUUAUUGUAUAGCAAUAGCAAUGAUGCAUUAAUUUUUAUAGAAAUAUUUAUGCGAUUAUAGUCUACUGUGGCUGCGUGCUAAAUGGAAUGGCAGGAUGUGUCCGCAAGUGUGGCAGCGUGUCCCCGGAGAGCAGGAAGCGGUACACGGAGAGCUUGGCCAACGUGCUGGCAUCGUCGGAUGGCCAGGAGAGGUUCCGUUCCUUCCUGGAGAGCCGGGGCUUUGUCGGCGAUGCCGACACGCUCACCUUUUGGGCGCUGUGCAACAAGCUGAUCAACCGGCACCACGGAGCCAACAUCACUGCCUACAGACUGCGGAAGCUGAAGAUGAAAACCAAGCGGGUGGCUGAGUUCGCGGAGGAGCAGGAUGUGAACCUCGACGCGGGGGAGCUGGAGCGGCUGCACAGCGCCGCGGACUGCGACGACGCCGCCAGCAUCCUGGGCACCCUCGAGGACGCCAGGCAGAGUGCCUUCAACCUGCUCGGCGACAAGCACAGCCUCUUCUGCGUGCACCUGUUGAAGUCCCGGAAGACUUGACGCACUUUGCUGUCCGGCUCUCGCAGCCUUUCGAUGUUUGUCCCGCUGUAAUUGUAGCGUCACCGUGCACCUGUCGUAUCCGUAGCGAUGUGCUGGGAAGGUGUGUUUGCUGGGGUGCGUUGAGCCGCGGCUCGUCGACUCUCUUUUGCAACAUCAGAGACGAGGAAAUACGUCGGAACUUGCAAAUUGUUAUUUAUUGUAAACUGGGGAUGACCUCCUACCCGUGGGGCCCAUCAGAGUUUUCAUGUUGAUUAUUAUAAUCACUUCAACUUUCAGCACGCUGUUAUACAUUUUUUUAUUUUAUUAAAGUCAAGUUUUGUUACUUUGCUGCUUAGGCAAUAGCAGUAAAAUUAUAAAUAAAAUCAUCACAUUAAGUACCUUAAA